AGCAUUUACACUCAUGAAUCCAGCCUCCUCUGAACCGCCUGUUAAUCCAUCGGAGUCACGAUCAUUCCAAAGAUGGCUGCGCAAAGCUGCCCAAGUAUCAGGUAUCGGACUUUCCGCAGACGAACGAGACCGUGACCGGGUGGAAGUGCAGCAUCGCCGUUGCGAGCAAUGGAAGACCGAGCUCCUGAAUUACAAUCCUUCUGUUGUUUUCAUGUUAAAGCAUCUUAAGUUGUCCGGGUGCCCGGUACCGCCCUCGAACAUUGUGUGCGCCCCAUGCGAUCUCACACGUUCCGGAGGCUUCCACCCUGCCGGUGCGAUUGUCCUUUGUCAGGGCCACUUCGGAGACAAGAAGCACAUGGAGGAUACCCUCACACACGAGCUGGUACACAUGUAUGAUCACUGCAAAUUCAAUGUUGACUGGAAAAACUUGAGACAUCACGCAUGCAGCGAAAUCCGUGCCAAUAGUUUAAGUGGUGACUGCAGGUACAUGCGCGAGCUGGGAAGGGGAUUCGUGUCAUUUUCGAAGCAGCAUCAGGCCUGCGUGAGACGGCGUGCCAUACUUUCUGUCCGCGCGAAUCCUAUGUGUCCGGACGAGGCAGCCGCGGAGCGUGCGGUGAAUGAGGUCUGGGAGAGCUGCUUUGGCGAUACGCGACCGUUUGACGAGAUCUAUUAGUGGGCGGAAUGGGAAUACAUGACCGCGAUCUAUUCUCGAACGCAAGCGAAAGGCUGUUGUGGUUGCAGGCUUGCAACCUGAAUGGGAAUCGGGAAAUUGUACGCCGCCAUUUGGCUAAACUCCUAAUUUCACGAAUUCCGUGAGCAUCGCUGCUAGGGGGGGUUGAAGAUUUCCAGUGUAUAAUGUCUACUAUUAUUGACUAGGAUCCAUAGUUAGGCAUACCUACGGAAUAAAAAACGCGGGAAUGAUGAGGCAAGGAUG